UCCUUUCACUCUCUCGCUAAAUACAGCUUUGUACUUAGCUCCAAAAUCUCUCUCUCUCUCUCUCUCUCUCUCUCUCUCUCUGAGUUUGCUCAACACCGGCAGCUCCUCGCCGCCACCAUUCCGUCCUUCCGACUUCACAGCUUAUAAUCACUCUUUGGCCGGUCUUGUCUACACGUUAGAGUACUUCUACUUAAUGUCUUCAGUCUUAUUAGAAGCAGGGAUUGUUAAAAUGAAGCAUCUUCUAUCUUGUUGCUCUGAAUUAUUGAAUAUUCAUGGAGAUAUUUAAUGUGCUUUCACUUGGCUAAAUGAAGACUUCACAGGACACACAAAAAACACAAGAGAAACAACCUUCAACCCAAGUCUCACAUGACUCCCAAAAUGACCAACAGAACAAUACAACGGAGAAUCCUGUUGCAGAUUCGGGAUCAGUUUAUGCAACUGGCAAUGAAAACAGGAAAGUUUCACGGGAAGAUAUUGAGCUCGUUCAAAACUUGAUUGAGAGGUGUUUGCAAUUGUAUAUGAAUAGAGAUGAAGUGGUUAAAACACUUCUAAACCGUGCAAGGAUAGACCCUGGAUUUACAACUCUAGUGUGGCAAAAGUUGGAAGAAGAAAAUGCUGAUUUUUUUCGGGCUUACUACAUAAGAUUGAAACUGAAGAAACAAAUCAUAAUGUUCAAUCACUUGCUUGAGCAUCAGUAUCAUCUAAUGAAAUAUCCAGGACCCCCAAAGGUUCCAUUAGCUCCAAUUCAAAAUGGGAUUAAUACCAUGCCAGUCAACAAUUUACCCAUGGGAUAUCCUGUUCUGCAACAACCUCCAGUUCCAGCUGCAGGUCAACCUCACAUGGAUUCAAUGGGCAUAUCUAGCUGCCAUGUGGUGAAUGGGGUGCCUGCACCAAGCAACUUCCAUCCAAAUCCAAUGCGGAUGAAUUCUGGAAAUGAUAUGGUGAUUGAAACCAGUGCACCAGAUGUAUCAGCAGCUGCUCUACCAAGUAAUGCCAUUUCAUCUAUGCCAGAUAUGCCUGUAAGCCCCACACAAGCAGCCUCCAGUGGUCAUUUCCCCUUUACUGCAUCAGAGAUAUCUGGGAUGGGAGUAGAUACAUCUGCCCUUGACACAGCAUUUGCAUCUGAUGCUAGCUCAGUAGGGUUACAGCUCCCUACUGAUAAUGGAACUGGAAAUUCUAGAGAUUUCCUCAGAUCCUUGGCUCAGAUUCCUUGGAAUUUCAGUCUUUCAGACCUAACAGCAGAUUUACCAAACUUGGGAGAUCUAGGAGCUCUUGGAAAUGACACUGGCUCACCCUUUUUCAAUUCUGAUUCAGAUAUUCUACUUGAUUCUCCAGAGCAAGACGACUUAGUAGAUGAGUUCUUCGUUGAUUCCAUCCCUGGCCCGGGCCCAACGGGACCUCAAUCAGACGAAGAAAAUCCCUAGCCAAGUUGGCAUAUAACGGUGCCCUCGAAAUUCUGAAGAAUAAGUGGAGCAAUACAAUGAUUACAGAGAGACAUCUAGCAUAGAGAAGAAUGCUUACCACUUACCAGGUUUUACUGUCCUAGACUUAGUUUAACUAUUUAGACAUUUUAGCUUCCAAAGCCGGUAUUAGUGUUUUAGCUUUAAUAUCUUCCGAACUAAGCUAUACUCUAGGUAUGGGUUCAAAUCAAUGAAAACGAGCUGAAUCUUCACCGUGCAUUCUGCUCACCCGAAAGAUGAUAUAUUUCCGGAGCUUGGUUAGAUUAUUGCAGUACUGAGGUCGUCUGUAGAACUAGGUCUUCUUAGUGUGAAUUGGUGCAGAACUUAGGGCUUUGAAUUUCAGUUGAUGAGAUAUGGCAUGCCCAAAUUGCACUCAUCAAGGGGCAUUUUGAGUUCAUGGUGUAGCAGCUUUGAUUCAAUCACGGAGUAUUUCUUUUUCUAAAUUUGUAGGUUACAGCCUUACACUUUCCAAAGGCAAUCUGUGGCAUUUGUAAAGUACUUGAGUAAAUGUUAUUUUCAUCAAAUUUUUGUACUAAUUAAUGUGGUUUUUUUUUUUUUU